GUUCAAGGUCGUUGAAAUAACGGCGGGCGACUUUGAAAGGAUCUGACGUUUUUACUCUGACAUCCACUGACUAGUGUAUUUCAACUCAAACGUUCAUCUAACUUGCUGGCCAGAUACAUAUAAAUCAUACUGAACCGGUUAUCACCAUCACACUACUCCUGCAAAUGAAAUUUUUAGUCUACAUACUUGUCUACUUGUUUCAGUAUAUUUCUCGAUUAGUAACAGGGAAAUGUGAACUAAGUCGCAUAAUUGCUGAUUGUCCGAAAGGAGCGCCCAGAACUGUCAGAAUAGAAAACUCGCUGAGAAAUUCAAAAAACAAAUCUAUUCAAAAUGGAUUGCUUUUGGGAAAAUGUACAGAUGCUAAGUCACAUGUGCAGUUUGUCAUUAGUGCUAAGCGUAUCGAUCUAAAAGAUCAACCAAAUUUUCCUACCGAUUAUUUGUACUGCAUCAGUCAAAUCAACUCUUAUCGGGAACUGAUAAGUACAUUGGAUGCCUUGAAGUGUACUGCGUUUAAUUCAGAUGAUCACUAUCACUCCGAAUUACUUUCAAGGUUAUGGAUUUGUCUUGAUUCUCAAAACGAAUUGUCAUCCCAUAAUGGAGAGAAGUGGACUCUUCUUGGAUUUCAGACGGAGAACCCCGAGACGGAUUUCCGCGGAAUGGGUAUACUGUCUCUUGAAAAUCUUGUGUACUUCGCAGAAUCACACACAAAAUUAGCGCGAAGUAUGUUAUCGGCAUCACAUCAUCCUAACAAAUGGUAUCCAUUUGCUGUAACUGGUAUCCACUUGACGAAGUUGUCGUACAACUUAAUGCUGAAGGGUUAUCUAAAAUAUCAAUUCUAUAAUAUGUCUUCAUCAGCCAGCAUCCAAGACUUCAACGAGUUUUACUGCUAUACAUUUUAUUCUUUCCACAAAUUUUGGACGAAACACCCUCGUGAUAUAAUGCAAUUCAACAAAUAUUGUGACGAUUUCGCGAAUAAAUUGAAAUGUCUUUUAUUGGAUGUAAACUGUAGAUUAUGUUUACCGGAAGAUAAAAUUUAAAUGGUUCAUGCAUAGCUAUUUUCCCGGCAUUAGUAAGUAAACCACAAGUUAUAUGGGAACUACAUGUAAUUAAUGUGGUGCUAACUAUGGUUAAUUGUACCACAAUAUUUGUAAUAUUCACAAGCGUGAUAUAUGCUAUUUUCUUUUCAAUAUUUUAGUAUAAUGAUACUUUGCAAUCCUUUAAAAUGUGAAAUCGACGAAAUGAAAUCCGUAUUUAUUCUGCUCCCAUUUCCGUUCCUGUUUUAUUCGAAGGCAUAAUGAAAUCCGGUUAUCCGAAAGCUUACAGUUACAUCUGUUAAGUAUUGUCUUUCUUCCUUCAAUAGCUAAUAUUUUAUGUUUAUAUCUGUGUCAUGUUGAUAAAGGACAUUUUAUUUUGUAACUUUUAUAAGUUGUUUUAAAUGCUUAAAACAGAGUUGCUACCGGUUUUCGACUAAUAAAUAUAAGUGAACAAGAAGCUACAUAAUUAGGAAUCACAGUCCACUCAGUCUAGAAGACUGAUUGGCUAUUUAAGCUUUCACUGACCACAGCUCCGAUGUUGAAAAAAGCGAGUUUUAUAGAAGGUCCCUAGUGUAGUUUUUAAUUACAUUCUAUCACAAAUAGUAAGAUAGUUCACCCCAAAUGGAAUUUAAAAAUUUUCGUUUUAACCUUAAAUAAACUAUUUUCAUACGUUUAUUUCUCAAUUGUAAAUCUCUUCCAUCUUCCGUAUUGGACAAUAUAAUCAUUUAACUUGCGUAGAGUAUGUUUUCAGUAAUUUACCAAAACUGUAGUGUAUUCAUUUAAAAACAAGAAAGGUUGGUUCAACGGAAAGUUCUCUUUUUAGCAAAUCCAUUUUUGAAGAUGUACAAUCGCUGAACCAAUUUUUCUUGCUUCUAAGCAUUGAUAGAUGUACUUUAUUUAUUCAAAAACUAGACAACGUAAAACAAAUAUGUAGAGAAACCAAAAAUAAAUCUGUUUACCAUCAUCACCACCAGUGUCGUGACCCCGAAGUUUAUCCAUGAAACUAUUUAGCUGACGAAUGACAACGUCUAUCUCUUCAGUGCUUUCAGACAUGCGUAGUGCUUGGCAGAAAUACUCACUCGUAUAGGCACUCUCUGAUGCCUAUUUAGAAAAAAAAGAAAGCAAAGCAUAAAAUGUAGAUAUUAUGGGAUCAGACGUACAAAACUUGACAGAUGAAACACGAUUUUCUUACUAGUUAGGACAGCAAAAAGCCUUCC